UUAUCAAUUUUAAUUAUAUAAUUGAGUGAGAAAUACGUGAAUGUGAUAAUAUAUAAGAAAAAGAUGAGAAUUGCUGUAGAAGGUUGUGCACACGGUGAAUUAGAUAUUAUUUACGAGACUAUCCAAGAAAUGGAAAAAGUUAAUGGGGAAAAAAUAGAUUUACUUAUUUGUUGUGGAGAUUUCCAAGCAACAAGAAAUUUGAGUGAUUUAAAAUGUAUGGCAGUAUCUGAUAAAUAUAAAGACAUGCGCACCUUUUAUAAAUAUUAUUCUGGCGAAAAAGUUGCUCCUGUGUUAACAAUAUUUAUUGGAGGAAAUCAUGAAGCAUCUAAUUAUCUUCAAGAACUACCAUAUGGUGGUUGGGUAGCUCCUAAUAUUUAUUAUUUAGGAUAUGCUAGUGUAAUAACAAUAGGUGGUAUUAGAAUUGCAGGAUUAUCAGGUAUAUAUAAAAGUCAACACUGGAUGCAGGGACAUUAUGAAAAACCACCAUAUAAUGAAAACACGAUCAGAAGUGUAUAUCAUAUUAGAAAUUUAGAGAUAUUUAGAUUAAAACAGCUUACUGGUAAUAUUGAUAUUUUCUUGUCACAUGAUUGGCCAUCAGGCAUAACUAGAUAUGGAGAUGAAAAUGUUUUAUUAAAAGAAAAACCUUUUUUCAAAAAUGAUAUCAAGAAUAACAUACUUGGUAGUCCACCAAGUAUGGAACUUUUAGAACAUCAUUAUCCCAGCUAUUGGUUUUCUGCUCAUUUACACUGUAAAUUUGCAGCUCUUGUUCCUGAAAAAGGAGGAACAAGAGUAACCAAAUUUUUAGCUCUAGAUAAAUGUCUUCCAAAAAGAAAAUUUCUUCAAGUACUUGAAAUAAAACAUAAUUCAGAUUUACCACUGAAAUUACAUUAUGACUUAGAAUGGUUAACAAUAUUAUAUUUAACAAAUCAUUUAUUAAGUGUCAAAAGUGGCAUUCACUAUAUGCCUGGACAAUAUGGUAAUACUAGAUGGGUAUUUACACCAACCAUAGAAGAGAAAGCAAUAGUUUUUAAAAAAUUUAACUGUGAUUUACAAAUUCCAUUGAAUUUUACACAAACUGUAAAAUCAUAUAAUCCUGAUUGUACAGAUGUGUCAGUGGUAUCACCACAAUUGAUACUAAAUAGUCAAACAACACAAUUUUGUAACACUUUGGGUAUUGACGAUCCAUUUGUUUUACUGCUAUUAAUACAAAACUCCCACGAAAGUUCUAUUUCCUUUGAUGAAGAUGUAAGUUCUACAUUCGAUGGAAGAUUAGCUAGUGACUUAUUUAAUCGAACAUCACCAUUAAAUUUAUCUCCAAAAAGUAAUAAUGAAGAACAAGAAUCAGAAAUAAGUAGCAGUAAAGAUAUAACAAAUGAAAGUCUUAACAAUUUAUCAUCAGCAGUAAAUCAUGAUUGUACAGAUGAUAGUAAUAAUCAUUUCAUACGGAUUGAACCAAAUUGUAAGAAAUUUAAACGUCGAAAUUAUUCUAUAUAUUCGAACACGCUUUAAGUAAUUUUUAUUUCAUUUUUUUGAACAUUUUUUCAUAAAUCUAUGUAUCUCUUGUGUUAUCUUUUGUGUUAUAUAAGAUGUGUACUUUUGUACAUAUAUAUGUAUAUAUGUUGGUGAUGAAAGGACACCCCCCCCCCCGUUAGAAUUAGUUGGAAAACCCCAAUACUGUUAGGCUCGAGGCGACAACUGGUCGCCGAGCGUAGCCACGGUCACGGAAUGAGCGUUCCACCUAACAGAGAUAUGGAGUUGCAUAGCUCUCCUUUAAAGAAUUGGCCGUACGGACAGUUAACAGUAAACAUUCCAACGGCCCCGUGGCUCGCCACGCACAGACCCCAUUCUUCGGGCAAGAUGAUCGCCAGAUGUCGAUGCAUCAUUCACAGUAUAUGUUCAGCUAGCCUGAAGACCCGCUACAAAUCUUUGUAGCAAAGACUUUGAAGCAAAGUAUAUCCGUUAUCCUGUGGACCGUGAAUUCGUCAUAUCGAACCUAAGGUCAUUGUCAUUAGCGUCUAGUUACCGCGGCCACUUGUCGAUCUUGUACCAUUUAUACCUGUGUUAAUAAACGCUGCCUCGAUUGUGCGACAACGAUGAAUAACCCAGGUGAAGAUUCAUUACAAGCUCCUAACCCAAGUCCUAACGCUAACCCGACAACACACACGCGCGCGUGCGCGCGCACACAUACACACACGUACAUAUAGGGACAUAUGUAUAUGUAUUAUUAAGUGCGUAAUACAUGUCACGAGUGUUUAGGUUAGAAAACUGUAUACUUCCGAACGAAGUGACAUCAAUAC